CCCUCCCCGGCGGGGCGGGGCCCUGAGCUGGCCACUGCCUGGGCGGAGAAGGAGGCGGCGCCCCGCAUACGGCCGCUGGGGAGGGGGCGGAGGGCUCGUCUGACUGUCCCGGGCUCUGGCCGAGACCGAGGGGCACCAUGCAGCCCGGGCCCGCAGUGCUGGUGGCCAGCAGGCACGUCCAGAACGCGCACACGGGCCUCGACCUCUCCGUCCCCACGUACCAGGAGGUCCGGGGGAGGAUGAUGUCCGGCCACGUCGAGUACCAGAUCAUGGCGGUGACGCGGCUGCCCGCCUUCAAGUCGGCCAAGCACAGAGCGGAGGACGUCGUCCAGUUCAUGGUGUCCAAGAAGUACAGUGAGAUCGAGGAGUUUUACCAGAAGCUGACGAGCCGCUAUCCGCACGCUGCCCUUCCCCUGCUUCCCCGGAAAGUCUUGUUCGUCGGGGAGUCCGACAUCCGGGAGCGCAGAGCCAUGUUCAACGACAUCAUGCGGCAGAUCGCCAAGGACGGGGAGCUGGCGGCCAGCCCCGAGCUGCUGGAAUUCCUAGGAACCAAGCCCUCUGGGGGUAUCGAUUUAACUGGGAAGAGUCCCCCAGGCCUGGAGAAGGAUGAGACUGAUGGGGAUGUGGAGGAUGAUGGGUUCGACUUCUUCCAGAAGCCAGAUAAGGCAGUAAGUGAGGUUCCCCUGCCUAGCAGCCUGAGCCACCUGGGAGAGGAGGAAGAGGAGGAAGAGGAAGAAGAGGCCCUGGACCCCCUGGGUAUCAUGCGGUCCAAGAAGCCCAGACAGCCUCGAGCCCCGCUCCGGGAGGCUGGACCCAAGGCAGCCCCGCCGGGCUCAGGCCAGGAGAGCAGGCCCAAGCGGACCAUCUUCGACGAGGAGGCCGAAGAGGACACCGAGCUCUUUGGUCCCCAACUGUCGGGCCCCGGCAGAGACGGCCUCCGGUUGUUCGCUGACCCUGACCUCGGGGGAAAGGUCUCCCUGGGAGAUUCCUUGCUUUUGCCCACGGCCUGUGAGCGCCCCCAAGAGCCCGUGCCAGGCCCAGCCCGCAGGGACGUUGGCGACGACCUCUUUGGAGUAGAAGAGGACCUGGAGAAGAUCUUGAGCCUUGGGGCCCAGCCCAGGGCCAAGCCCCGCGUGCCCGCCAAGCCCACCAUCCCCAAGAAGCCUGUGAUCCUGCCCCGGGGGCCGGGCACCCCACAGCAAGCAGAAGCACCCCACCAGGCCCAGAGGCAGGUGCAGGUUCAAGAUCUGGAUGAGCUGGACAUCCUGAAGUACAUCCAGGACCAAAGCUCAGCCCACACCACUGCCCCCAGCCUCUUCUGAAGGGCCUGCCCCCUGGCUGGUGCCCGCUACCCCCUGUGACAGACAAAAGAGUGAUUGCCAUAAACUGUGACAGUGAAAAUAUGGGUUCAAGACUUUGAAUUGCCAAAAGCAUAAAGAUAAUUUUUAGUGUCUUGAUUUAAAUCAAAAAUAAGUGGUCGCCAUGGGAAAAAUCCCCAAAUAUGAAAUACCCAAGUCAGCUGGGUUUUUGGAGAUUUUAAUUAAUACAAAUGAAGGAAUUAAAGAAAGGGAGAAAGAGAGUAAGAGGAAAUAAUAGGAAGGCUAGGGCCUGAUGGCCUAGGCCUUUCUUUUAAGAGAGAAAAUUAAGUCAGUCUUUAAUCACUCACCACAAGAUUGUCCCAAGCAAAACUCUAGUGUUCAGAGAGACCCUCCAGUUCAGCUCCUGAGCUCAACUGAUCCGAACACUCAUGAACUGGUUGAGACAGCUCCUUUUAAAGAGAAUUUUCUCCUAUGUCACCUCCCCUAAGUUUUCACAUCUACCAAUCACAGUAAAUGCUUUUUCAAAGGAUUGACCAUUCUUGAUUCACAUCUUGUUAUCACCUUCUCUGGGUCGACUAAAACUUCUGAGUAAUUCACAUCUCUUUGCUAAGCUCGCCCUUUUAGUGAUUAAUUUAACCUUCAUGGGUACUUAGCACCCUUUUGUAUUAGAUCUAAAAAUAGAUCUGGCUUAAGGGCUUUUGCCUCACUAUAAGUAUGAGUUAAGUACUUUUUCAUUGUUCAGUAAGGAGUUUACAACUUUAUCUUCCCCUAAGGCACUGUCUUAAGUAUGGGUGGAGUAAUUUUAAAGUUCCCAAUACAUUCCUGAUCAAGUACCUCCAUUGUUUAUAAUGGGGAAUAACUUAAUCAAAUCUUCUAAGGUUAGAGUCUGAGAAAUGUUAAGAUUCACAAUCCCCCCUGAUGAUCAUUGGGAGACUAGUCAACCCAUUGAUCAUUUAACAUCAUCAUCUUGUAGUCCUAAACGCACUUCUAACUACAGAUGUAUACAAUAUUCAAUUUUCUAAGAAGAAAUUACAAUAGUUAUGGAGGAAUAGAAAAGAGAGAAAGCAAAAUCAACGUUUUUCUAGGCUCAUUGACAAAAAGCCAGUUAGGGGCAGUCCCCCUUUGGCAUAAAUGUGUACAUUUACAAUAAAUGUUCAAUCAAACUUCAGUUCAGUCAACCACACCCAAAGUUCAUUCUGGAUCUUCUUGAUGUAGUAUAGGUUUUCUGACAUCUUUCUGCAACAUUUCAUUCUCUGGAUUUAGGAGUUAGCAAGCUUCUUCCUUCAUGAUCUUUCUCGAACAAAAAAAUUCAAAAUCUUGGAUUUUUAUUAAAAUAACCCCCCCCUCUGAAGUGGGUAUUUAAAAAAACAUCCAAUUCAGCUCAGGAUGCAAUGGUGAGUUAUGGGGGUAUAUGAGUCAACUAUCAAAGGAAGAGAAAAACAUCCAAAAACAUAAGGGAAAAAAAUUCAAAAUAGGCCCUUGUAUAGGUCAAAUUUGAAGUAGUUUCUAUCCCACAAGUCUGUAGGACAGAAUGCAGUAAUAUUUCACCCAUUUGCUGCCAAGACUACAGGAAGUUGUCAUAUUAUAAGAAGGAAAGGAACUAGAAUUCUUAUUUUGAUAGGGAAGAGUCAUUCCCUGGUCUGACUUUUUUCAUUCUCAGGGAUAGAGGGAGCCAACAUGAUAGUCAAAUUUGGAUACUUGUAUGAGUACUUCACAAAGAGUGUAGAUACAAAGAAGUCCUACGACUUAAUGUAUGUCAAGCAUCGCAACCUCAAACCUACAUUAGUAUUUCCUGUGUGCUCUUUUGGCACUUUUCAGGUUAAAUCUGUGCUCCUUGUUUUUUAUCCCAUUUUCUAGAAUCAGACACAAACAUUAAUCACAGUCCCAUAACAUUUUAUCAAUAAAUGGCAGAUUUCCACAGUUUAAAGCUUUAGGGUAUGCAUUAAUAUUAUAGCAAGUAUAUAUAUAUAUGUAUGUAUGAAAUUUAUAUUACUGCAGGAAAAUAAUAUUAAUUGUAUGUACCUUUAGUACAAGAAAUGAAAAAAAAUCAAAUAUUCUAAUCAAAAUAAAAGAAAGGCAAUAAUAAAAAUAAGGGGGGAAAAUCAGUAAUUCAAUGUGUCCUCAAAAAAACAGUAUCCACUUGUCUAUGGAUUAUUGUCUCCAAUGCAUAUGAUAGGGUACAGUCAAUCGGUCUCAACAAAAGAUGCUCUCUUUACAUGUGAGUAAUGAAUCCAAGAGUCCUUUUCUCCAACCUUUAUAGAUGUUGGAGUAGUUAGCAAUAUUUGGAAUGGUCCUUCCCACAAAGGUUGAGUUGCUCCAGUUUGCUUGAAAUUCUUAAUAUACACUUUGUCUCCUGGGUUCAGGUCAUGCAGAGAAAAGUCUAAUGGUCCAGCUUGUACUGCAGCUCUGGAUUCAUGAAGUUCAUGUAGUUUGUGCUAUAAUUCCUGUAUAUAGGAAGCAAUAGUAAUAUCUCCCCCUAAUAGUGAUGUAUAUGCAGGGGGAAAAGGUUUAGCCUGUAUAGGCGGAUGUCCAAAAAGCAUCUCAAAUGGUGAGACAUGUAGGUCUCCUCUAGGCCUGCUUCUGAGAUAAAAAAGGGCCAGAGGGAGAAUUUCAGGCCAUUUUAAAUGCAUCUCAGUGCAUAAUUUACCAAUCAUAGUUUUAAGUUCUCUGUUCAUCCUUUUCUACAAGUUGGAGGGGAGACAAAACUGAAAAAGGUUAAUUAAUAUCAACAAAAUCAAUAGAGUCUAAGAAGAACCACCUUCAUUGUAUUUGGGACAUUCCUAGGGCACCCCCCUUAGGGGCAUUAGCAUCUCAAGUAUUUUUUUGGAUGAGCACCAUUUUUUCUAUAUUGUUGUUGGGUAUUAUCAUUUUCUUCAUUUGGAAUACUAUCAUUAUUUUCCCAAUUUCUAUUUCUAUAAUUUUUAUUUCUAAAAUUUUUAUUUUUAUAGUCAUAGUUAUUUCUAUAAUUUCUAAAAUUGUGGUUUCCAUGAUCAUUAUCAUAGUAAUUUCUAUAGUUAUUAUUUCUAAAGCUGUGGUUUCCAUUAUCAUUAUUAUAGUUAUUUCUUUAAUUAUCAUUUCUGUAGUUGUUAUUAAACUGUGUAUUCCUUCCAAUAAUCUUGAGAAAAGUUCUACACUCUAUCAUUUUGUGGCCCUUCUUCUCACAGAAGUGGCAGGUUACUGAUUUAUCUGUGAAUUCCUGCAAAGGGGCUAUGGUCUCUCCCUUCUUUUUCAAUUGUCUCUUUAACAUUUCAAUUUCUUUCUUUAAGUCUUCCACUAACAUAUUGUUUUCCUCAGAUCUUUUAAACAUGGUUUGCUACUCUCCUCAAUUCUUCAAGGUCCAUAGAGUCUCAAUUAGGACAGCUAGUUUUAAAGUAGUCUUUUACCACUGAACUACAAUUCUCAACAAAUUGCCUACAUAUUUGCCUAAUACCCCUUUCUCUGGAUAAAUCGAGGUCCAUAUAUGUAUUUCCUACAUCAAUAAGUCUGUUCAUAAACUGGGAGGGGGUCUCAUCAAUUUCUUACCAGGUUCUUUCAAAUUUUGACCAUUUUUCAGGUCUAUCAGAGCAUGCUCAUGGUUGUCAAUAACGCUUCUCAGGCCUGGUUUAGUUUUGUAUAAUCUGGUUCAACAUUGGGCUUCCAAUGUGGAUCUUCAGUUGGCCAAUAAUGUCCUCUCCUACCUUGCUUCUGAUUUAGCCAGAGAGAUGACAUUAUUUUUCUCUCUCUUGGUCAGAAAUUUUUCUAAUAAAUUUUCAACAUCCAUCCAA